CGCAAAUUGUGUGCUCAAGAAGAGGGUUUUUAGAGACAAAAGAUAGAGACUGGUGGGGCCCAUCACCACCGCCCAUGCGCACGCUAUUCCCUUCCCCUCACCGCGCCACCACCAUCAUUCCUCCCUCCCUCCCUCUUUGACCUAACCCUAACCCUCUCUCUCUCUCUCUAAAAUUAGCAACCGAGUAACAUUAAUUGCAAACUCCCUCAAGCAGAAGAAGGCCAAAAAUCAUAAUCAUACGCGUAUGUGAAGAUAUUGUUGAAGGUUGUACACAGUUGUUCCUCAAAUCUCUACUUAAAUUCGUCCAAUUUCCUAAGAAAUAGAGAGUGUGCAGCAAUUAUUCAAAAACCAUGGAUCAGCUCCCGCCGCCGUUCCACGCCCGAGAUCUCCAGCUCCACCACCACCAAUUCCAGCCCCACCUCCUCAAUCCCGAAAACAACAACAACAACAACGAGGAGAAUGAUAAUUCCCCGAGCCUAAAGCGCGACCGCGACGAGAGCUACGGCGCUGGCGUUGACGCGGCCUCGGAGGGCGAGAGGGACGCGGACGCCGCGGGCGGGGAGGUCGCGCGGCGCCCGCGCGGCCGGCCCGCGGGGUCGAAGAACAAGCCGAAGCCGCCCAUCAUCAUCACGCGGGACAGCGCCAACGCGCUGCGGUCCCACGUGAUGGAGAUCGCGAGCGGCUGCGACGUCCAGGAGAGCAUCUCCGCCUUCGCGACUCGGCGGCAGAGGGGCAUCUGCAUCCUCAGCGGCGGCGGCACCGUCACCAACGUCACCCUCCGGCAGCCCGCCGCCCCGACCUCCGUCCUCACCCUCCACGGCCGCUUCGAGAUCCUCUCGCUCUCCGGCUCCUUCCUCCCUCCCCCGGCCCCUCCCGCCGCCUCCGCCCUCGCCAUAUACCUCGCCGGAUCCCAGGGCCAGGUCGUCGGCGGCACCGUCGUCGGCCCCCUCAUCGCCUCCGGCCCCGUCGUCAUCAUGGCCGCCUCCUUCGGCAACGCCGCCUACGAGCGCCUCCCGCUCGAAGACGACGAGGCCCCUCCGCCGCCGCCGAUGAUGCCCGAUCCGAGCGCUGCGGCGGCAGAGAAUUUGUUCCAAGGAAAUCCUCAGAAUCUGCUGAAUCCAGUGCAAAUGCCGCCGGAGGCCUAUUGGGCCACAGGUCGCCCUCCAUUUUGAUAAUCGAUCAUCCUCAUUUAGUAUUUCUUGCAAUUCAUUUUAGUGUUUUCUCCCUUUUUUUCUCUCUUGAAUUCAUGGUUAGUUACAAAGCAUGCAGCUUUAAUUUCAUGAAUUCUUUUGUGCUACAUUUUCAUAUAUCAAAUCUUGUUACAUUACAAAUUUA